GCAUAAAGCACCAGCAAGAUGAUGUUUUUGAAUGUCAUUCUCAUGACACCGCUUAUCUUUUUCGUGCAGGCUAUACAUAGACGAAACAGACCUCCUCCUAUCGAGAUUCUUCGACCUGGUGCACAUCAUUUUCUUCCGGUUCCACCAAUAGAUCCAUUUCAUAUACCGGAUCACGCCCCUCGACCACCAACUACGACAAGACGUCAGUGGGGACGUGCUCGCUAAACUUGAGAAUUGCUUCUGCAAUUUGUCGCUUCUAUGUUAGUGCGAAAUUGCAUUAAUAAACUUAAAUCAACUGAU